CCCCGGCCGGGUGUCCGGUUACAGGAGGCGGGCAGGGAGCCGCGCAGGCAGGCAGGCAGGCGUGCCGUGCCGUGCCGUCCCGUCCGUACCAUCCCUGGGGAAGGGGCGAAACGGAGCCGCGACCCGUCUCCCCUCCCGCUUAACGGACCGGCAGGUAACAGCAGACCCUCCAAGAUGGCGGAAGCCCACCAGGCGGUCGCCUUCCAGUUCACCGUCACCCCUGAGGGUGUCGAUUUCCAGCUGAGCCGUGAAGCCCUCAAGCAGAUCUACUUGUCAGGCCUCUCAUCCUGGAAGAAGCGCUUUGCCCGCCUCAAGAACAGUGUCCUGACAGGAGUGUUUCCCGGCACACCUUCAAGCUGGCUGGCUGUUGUUAUAGCAACACUGGGCUCCACGUACUUCCGCGUAGAUGUGUCCAUGGGACUCCUGCUCAAGAUCCAGAAGCACCUGCCGCACAGUUCCUCCAUGAGCCCCCGGAAUCGAAUGGUGCUGAGUGCUGUCAUUUUCUCCACGGGCGCCUGGAUCUCAGGCAUCCUGCUCUGCCGGCAGACACUCAAACUUCUCCUCUCCUACCACGGCUGGAUGUUUGAACCCCACGGCAAGACCAGCCGCAGCACCAAGAUCUGGGUGGCCAUGGUGAAAGUGAUGUCUGGCCGCAAUCCGAUGCUAUACAGCUUCCAGACCUCCCUGCCCAAGCUGCCCGUGCCUCAUGUGAAAGACACCAUCCGGCGGUACCUUGAAUCUGUCCGCCCCCUGCUGGACACAGAGAAGUAUGAUGACAUGGAGGCUUUAGCGCUGGACUUCCAACAGCAGACGGCCCCCCGGCUCCAGAAGUACCUUGUCCUCAAGUCCUGGUGGGCCACCAACUACGUGAGCGACUGGUGGGAGGAAUACAUCUACCUCCGGGGAAGAGGCCCCAUCAUGGUGAACAGCAACUACUAUGUCAUGGAUUUCCUGUAUUCGACCCCCACCUCCAUCCAGUCUGCUCGGGCAGGCAACGCUGUGCAUGCCAUCAUGCUUUACCGACGCCGGCUGGACCACGAACAGCUUGCACCCGUGAUGGCGCUUGGUGUGGUGCCCAUGUGCUCCUACCAGAUGGAGAGAAUGUUUAACACAACGCGCAUCCCUGGAGAGGAGGCAGACACUCUUCUCCACCUGUUGGACAGCAGGCACCUGGCCGUCUUCCACAAAGGCCGCUUUUACAAGGUGUGGCUCUACCAAGCUGGGAAGCUGCUGUCUCCCCGUGACCUGGAGAUGCAGUUCCAGCGUAUCCUGGAUGACCCUUCCCCACCGCAGCCGGGCGAGUUGAAGCUGGCCGCUCUCACUGCCGGGGACAGAUGUUCGUGGGCCGAAGCCCGUGCCAAGUAUUUCAGCCGGGGCAGGAACAAGGUGUCCCUGGACUGCAUCGAGCGAGCGGCAUUCUUCUUGACUCUGGACGAAGACGCUCAAGGCUUCCUCUGGGAGCAGGAGGAGAGUCUGGACCGGUAUUCAAAGAGCCUCCUCCAUGGGCGCUGCUACGACAGGUGGUUUGACAAGUCCUUCACACUGGUGGUGUAUUGCAAUGGGAAGCUGGGUGCCAACGCCGAACACUCGUGGGCCGACGCCCCCAUUGUCGGGCACCUUUGGGAGUUCAUGCUGGCUAUGGACCAGUUCCAGUUGGGGUACUGCAGCAGUGGGCACUGCCACGGGGUGCCCAACUCCGACCUCCUUCCCCCGCAGCGCUUGAUGUGGGGCAUCUCUGAGGAGUGCAGCAAGGUCAUCGAGGCCUCCUACAGCGUGGCCAGGGCACUCGCAGACGACGUGGACUUCCACUGCUUCCGAUUCACUGAGUUUGGCAAAGGGCGCAUCAAGAAGUGCCGGACCAGCCCUGACAGUUUCAUCCAGAUUGCAUUGCAGCUGGCACACUUCCGGGACAAGGGCCGCUUCUUCCUCACCUACGAGGCCUCCAUGACGCGGCUCUUCCGGGAAGGCAGGACGGAGACAGUGCGCUCCUGCACCAGCGAGUCAACAGCCUUCGUACGCAGCAUGGCGGAUCCAAAGUGCAGUCCCUCGGAGUGCCUGCGGCUGUUCAAGAUAGCAGCCGAGAAGCACCAGCACAUGUACCGCCUGGCCAUGACCGGGGCUGGCAUUGACAGGCACCUCUUCUGCCUCUACGUGGUCUCGCGCUACCUGGGAGUGGACUCCCCCUUCCUGGCUAAGGUGCUGUCUGAUCCCUGGCGCCUCUCCACCAGCCAGACUCCGCAGCAGCAGAUCAAAAUGUUCGACUUGGAAUCCAAUCCGGAUUGUGUCUCCUCCGGUGGGGGCUUUGGGCCGGUGGCCGAUGAUGGAUACGGAGUCUCCUAUAUCAUUGCUGGAGAGAACCUGGUCACUUUCCACGUUUCCAGCAAGUUCUCCAGCCCUGAAACGGACUCAAAGCGCUUUGGGAAGAACAUCCAACAGGCGAUGCUGGACAUUGCAGCCCUGUUUGAAACGCCAGCCAGGAAAAUGGCCAACUGAGCCUGGACUGGCCCCUUUGCCGUGGGCCCGUUGUGGCCCGUACCACAAGGAAGCCACUGCCCGGCUGCAGAGCUGGCCACCCCUCCACAAGCAGAUUGCAGGUGGAUAUUGCUGCCACUGCCAUCUUCAGCUCUGACUUUUGCCUGGAGCCCCCUCUGCCCUGCCCAGGGGCACCCCGUGGACGGACACAAGAUUCUGGGGUGAGGAGGGCAACAGGGCAGGUGCCACUGAGAUGCCACUCAUAAAGGAGGAAUGUUUUUGGCUGUG